GCGGCGGCGGCAGCGGCGGCGGCCCGGCGGGGGGCGGCGAGUGGCCCGCGCGACACGCGCCGACCCGGACUCUAUGCGGUAAUUCGCGCGGCGCAGGCGCCUCCUGCCCCGCCGGCGGGGCCCGGGUUUACCGCGGCGGGAUGUUCUCCCGAAGGAGCCAUGGAGAUGUGAAGAAGUCCACCCAGAAGGUGCUGGACCCCAAGAAGGACGUGCUGACGCGCCUGAAGCACCUGCGGGCGCUGCUGGAUAAUGUGGAUGCAAGUGAUCUUAAGCAGUUUUUUGAGACCAACUAUUCUCAGAUAUAUUUCAUCUUCUAUGAAAAUUUUAUAACACUGGAAAAUAGUUUGAAGUUAAAAGGGAAUAAGUCACAAAGGGAGGAGCUGGACUCCAUCCUCUUUCUUUUUGAAAAAAUACUGCAAUUUCUACCUGAACGAAUUUUCUUUCGAUGGCAUUACCAGAGUAUAGGCUCAACUUUAAAGAAGCUUCUACACACUGGAAAUUCUAUUAAGAUAAGAUGUGAAGGAAUCAGGCUAUUUCUUCUGUGGCUUCAAGCACUUCAGACAAACUGUGCAGAAGAGCAGGUUCUGAUUUUUGCUUGCCUCGUGCCUGGUUUCCCAGCGAUCAUGUCAUCCAGAGGGCCCUGUACGCUGGAGACACUCAUCAAUCCUAGCCCUAGUGUGGCUGAUGCAAAGAUAUAUCCAGAAGAAAUCACUCCACUCCUACCAGCCGUAUCAGGGGAAAAGAUCGCUGAGGACCAAACAUGCUUUUUUCUUCAAAUACUGUUGAAAUAUAUGGUUAUUCAGGCUGCAAGCUUGGAGUGGAAGAAUAAGGAGAAUCAAGAUACUGGUUUUAAAUUUCUUUUUACAUUGUUUCGAAAGUAUUAUCUUCCUCAUUUAUUUCCAUCAUUUACUAAGUUAACAAACAUCUACAAACCUGUACUUGACAUCCCCCAUUUGAGACCAAAGCCGGUGUACAUUACUACAGCUCGAGACAAUGAAAACAUUUACAGUACAAAAAUUCCAUACAUGGCAGCUCGCGUUGUUUUUAUUAAAUGGAUCGUAACUUUCUUUUUGGAAAAAAAGUAUCUAACUACAACCCAAAACACUAAAAAUGGAGUUGAUGUACUGCCCAAAAUCAUACAGACUGUUGGUGGUAGUGUGGGGCAAGAGAGGGUGCCGGCGGAGCUGGAUGGUGGCGGACCUGCAGAGCAGGACAAAAACCAUUCCAACAGCAGCACCUUGUCCGACCGAAGACUCAGCAACUCCAGCCUUUGUAGCAUUGAAGAAGAGCACCGCACUGUGUAUGAAAUGGUGCAGCGGAUUCUCUUGUCAACACGAGGUUAUGUCAACUUUGUGAAUGAAGUCUUUCGUCAGGCAUUUUUGUUGCCUUCCUGUGACAUAGCUAUAACAAGGAAGGUAGUUCAAGUGUACAGAAAGUGGAUCCUCCAGGACAAACCUUUGUUCAUGGAAGAACCAGAUAAAAAAGAAGCUGCCCAAGAAGAUGCUGAAAAAUUAGGAUUUUCAGAGACUGACAGCAAAGAGACCUCAUCUGAAGGUUCUCGUCAUAAGCGAUCUUCCAGUUGGGGACGAACAUACUCCUUCACGAGCGCAGUGAGCAGAGGAUGUGUGACAGAAGAGGAAAAUAAGAACGUGAAAGCCGGGGCCCAGGCUAUGCUGCAGGUAUUUUUGACAAAUGCAGCAAACGUCUUUUUGCUGGAACCAUGUCCUGAAGUUCCCAUGCUCUUGAAAGAACAAGUUGAUGCCUGUAAAGCUGUUUUGAUUAUUUUUAGGCGCAUGAUAAUGGAACUUACAAUGAAUAAAAAGACAUGGGAACAGAUGUUGCAAAUACUACUAAGGAUAACAGAAGCUGUCAUGCAGAAGCCAAAGGAUAAACAAAUAAAAGACUUGUUUGCCCAGAGCUUGGCAGGGUUACUGUUUAGGACACUCAUGGUGGCGUGGAUCCGAGCAAACCUCUGUGUGUACAUUUCCCGAGAGCUCUGGGAUGACUUCCUUGGCGUGCUGUCCUCCCUCACGGAAUGGGAAGAACUCAUAAACGAGUGGGCCAACAUCAUGGACUCCUUGACAGCAGUGCUCGCGAGAACGGUUUACGGAGUUGAGAUGACAAACCUACCUCUGGACAAAUUAAGUGAACAAAAGGAAAAGAAGCAGCGAGGCAAAGGCUGUGUUCUAGAUUCUCAGAAAGGAACCACUGUGGGGAGAUCCUUUUCUCUCAGCUGGCGGAGCCACCCAGAUGUGACCGAGCCAAUGCGAUCUAGGAGUGCCACCACAUCUGGGGCACCAGGAGUUGAGAAAGCAAGAAAUAUCGUUCGCCAGAAAGCAACAGAAGUGGAAGAAUGUCAGCAGUCAGAAAAUGCACCUGCCGCCGAAUCUGGCUGCCUGGUGGCGGAGCAGCCACACAUCAUGCGGAGUAGCAGCACGCCUGACGUCAUGGAGCCGCCGUGCUCAGAUUCUCCACAGGGUCAAAAGGUAGAAAAUGUACAGACUUUGAGUUCUUCAGAGUCCAAGCCUGUUCAAGAAAAUAAAGGACAUGUGAAGAAAGAACAUGAAGGAAUAACAAUCUUAGUUCGAAGAAGCAGCAGCCCUGCUGAAUUGGAUUUAAAAGAUGAUUUGCAGCAGACACAAGGAAAAUGUAAGGAAACACAGAAGAGUGAAGGUAUGAGCAGUGACAGAGCUCUGGGCUAUAACAAUGAGGCAGAGCUGUCCAUGAGCCCAUGGCUAACCUGUGAGGAAGACCCAGAACUGAACACUCCCACAGAUGCUGUGACUGACUCCGAUGCCCGCCAUUGGUUACAACUGAGUCCCACCGAUGCUUCGAACUUAACAGAUAGCAGUGAGUGCCUUGCCGAUGACUGUAGUAUAAUUGCUGGAGGGAACCUCACUGGUUGGCACCCAGACUCUGCUGCUGUGUUAUGGCGAAGAAUCUUGGGAAUCCUCGGGGAUGUGAAUAAUAUCCAGUCACCCAAGAUUCACGCCAAAGUGUUUGGCUAUCUCUAUGAACUCUGGUACAAACUAGCAAAGAUACGGGAUAAUCUGGCAAUAAGCCUGGAUAACCAGUCUUCUCCGUCUCCACCAGUCCUGAUCCCACCACUCAGAAUGUUUGCAUCAUGGCUAUUUAAGGCGACAACGUUGCCAAAUGAAUAUAAGGAAGGCAAACUACAAGCCUACAGACUCAUCUGUGCCAUGAUGACCAGACGCCAGGACGUUCUGCCAAACUCAGACUUCCUGGUGCAUUUUUACCUUGUGAUGCACCUGGGAUUAACCAGCGAGGAUCAGGAUAUCUUAAACACCAUUAUAAGGCACUGUCCACCCCGCUUCUUCUCCCUGGGUUUGCCUGGCUUCUCAAUGCUGGUGGGGGACUUCAUCACGGCUGCUGCCAGGGUCCUCAGUACAGACACGCCGGCGACGCCUCAUUCAGAAGCUCUCACCAUUCUCGGUUCUCUUGUCUGCUUUCCAAAUACCUACCGGGACAUCCCUUUACUGCAGUCUGUGCCAGAAGUCAAGAAAGUCAUCACAGGAACUGAAGAUGUCAAGCAUUACCUCAUAAAUAUUUUACUGAAGAAUGCCACAGAGGAACCAAAUGAAUGUGCAAGAUGCAUUGCCAUUUGCUCCCUUGGGGUCUGGAUAUGCGAAGAGCUGGCACAGUGUACAAGCCAUCCUCAGCUGAAAGAGGCCGUCAAUGUGAUAGGUGUCACUUUGAAGUUUUCUAACAAAAUCGUGGCUCAGGUGGCCUGUGAUGUUCUUCAGUUGCUGGUUUCCUACUGGGAAAAGCUUCAGAUGUUUGAAACCUCUCUCCCUCGGAAAAUUGCAGAAAUCCUUGUGGCCACAAUUGCUUUUCUUUUACCAAGUGCAGAGUACUCCUCAGCGGAAACAGAUAAAAAGUUUAUUGUGUCCUUGCUACUCUGCCUCUUGGACUGGUGUAUGGCAUUGCCGGUGAGCACCCUUCUCCGCCCGGUGUCUGCGGCGGCCCUGGAAGGGCAGCACUCGUCCAGAGGCCCUUUGCUGGACUAUAUCUAUAGGGUUCUGCACUGCUGUGUUUGUGGCUCAAGCACAUACACCCAGCAGAGUCACUACACACUGACCCUGGCCGACCUGUCCUCCCCGGAUUACGAUCCUUUCCUGCCACUGGCAAAUGUGAAGAAUUCGGAGCCAGUCCAGUAUCAUUCAUCAGCAGAUUUGGGCAACCUGCUCACAGUUGAAGAGGAGCGGAAGAGGAGGAGUUUGGAGCUGAUCCCUCUGACCGCCCGCAUGGUGAUGGCCCACCUGGUGAACCACCUGGGACACUUCCCGCUGCGUGGGGGCCCUGCCGUGCUGCACAGCCUGGUCAGCGAGAACCAUGACAACGCGCACGCCGAGGCCCCUGAGCUGUCCUCCGAGGUGUUCCGGAGCCCAAACCUGCAGCUCUUUGUGCUGAAUGACAGCACCCUCAUCUCCUAUCUUCAGACACCCUCUGAAGGGCCAGCAGGCGACUUGCGGGGGGGCACCCUGUCAGACGUCAGAGUCAUUGUGCGGGAUAUCUCAGGGAAGUACUCUUGGGACGGGAAGGUUUUGUAUGGACCAUUGGAAGGCUGCUUAGCACCCAGUGGCAGAAAUCCUGCAUUUCUGAUUUCGGGCUGGCAACCUCAAGCUUUGGGAGCUCAGAAAGAUUUUUCUCAAAGUGAGGAGGGAGAUGACGUCCUCGACAAAUUACUUGAAAACAUUGGCCACACAAGUCCUGAAUGCCUUUUACCAUCACAGCUAAAUCUAAAUGAGCCCUCCCCACCCCCGCGGGGAAUGAACCGUGACCAGGAGAAGGAAAUCAUCGAGGUCAUUUUGCGCCAGAAUGCCCAAGAAGACGACUACAUCCAGAGGUGUAACUCUGACUCAGCCAUGAAAGUCACCAGCCAGGAGCAGCCCUCACCAGUAGAGCCACAAGGACCCUUUUAUUUCUGCAGGUUGUUGCUCGAUGACUUGGGGAUGAAUUCUUGGGACAGAAGAAAAAAUUUCCAUCUGUUGAAGAAAAAUUCAAAACUGUUGAGAGAGCUAAAAAAUCUGGACUCCCGUCAGUGCCGUGAAACGCACAAAAUUGCAGUGUUUUACAUUGCUGAAGGUCAAGAAGACAAAUGUUCAAUCCUCUCCAAUGAAAGAGGAAGCCAAGCAUAUGAAGACUUUGUUGCCGGACUUGGAUGGGAGGUGGAUCUCUCAACCCACUGUGGGUUCAUGGGCGGACUUCAACGCAAUGGCAGCACAGGGCAGACUGCUCCUUACUAUGCUACCUCGACUGUGGAAGUGAUUUUCCAUGUUUCUACUCGGAUGCCAUCAGACUCAGAUGAUUCACUCACCAAAAAGCUCCGUCACUUGGGGAAUGACGAGGUCCACAUCGUCUGGUCUGAACACUCCAGGGACUACCGCAGGGGCAUUAUCCCGACCGCCUUCGGAGACGUUUCAAUCAUUAUUUACCCAGUGAAGAAUCACAUGUUCUUUAUCGCGAUCACGAAGAAACCCGAGGUUCCAUUUUUUGGGCCUCUGUUUGAUGGAGCCAUAGUGAGUGGAAAGCUACUGCCAAGCCUUAUAUGUGCCACAUGCAUCAAUGCCAGUAGGGCCGUGAAGUGCCUCAUCCCGCUCUACCAGAGCUUCUACGAAGAGCGAGCUCUGUACCUCGAAGCAAUAAUUCAGAACCACCGAGAAGUCAUGACGUUUGAGGAUUUCGCCGCCCAAGUAUUUUCUCCCUCGCCCAGCCCCUCCCUCGGCGGAACGGAUUAAAAUAUGUAAAGGUCUCAUUGCGAUGUUUGAGCAAGGGCCCUGGCCGCCAACCUGAGUGCCUACCUCAUGGCACCUCUUGACAAGGAGGAGAUGAAUGAGACUCCCCCUUCCCCCACCCCGAACCCUCAAACACAGAGACUUCAGUGAUGACUGCUCUGCUGGCCCUCAACACAUCUCCCCAUUAACAGACUUCCGAAGUUCAAGGUGAACCCCACCAAAAUGUCGCUGGUUGGACUUUCUCACUGGGCCGUGUCGUCUUGCCCUAGAACCUCACGAAACGUGAGCUUCCAAAGAAGAAGAGGGGAGGGUCACCACCACCCAGAGACAGACGCACUCUCAUGGGCAUUGACAGGGCUGCUCUCCGCAGGGAUGGCAGGAGAAGAUUCUGGGCUUUCGGGAAGGGGUGGAGGGCAACUGGUUUCUGUACUCUGAGUUGUUUAUAAACCCAAGCAAGAUUCACAGAAUGGCCGGCAAAACAGCUGCUAAACUGAGGAAUUUUCUCUACAUUGAUUUCCCUAGUUCUUAUGUUAGAUUUUAUGGUUUACUCCAAAAUUUCAUCAUCAUGAAAACUGGCUUUCCCUAGGGUCUUUUGCCCAGGAGAAAUUUUAUCUGAGUUGCUGAGUGUUUUCCUCCUGGUGCCUGAUGCCCACUAACAGGGGAGAGGUUUUCCUGACCAUCCUGGAGGCCCUCAGAUGACUCUAGAAACAGGGUCCUGUCCCUGUGAAAGCUCCUGUAGGUCAGGAGGCUUCCAGGGCCCAGCUCAGCACAGCGCCAUGUCAACACGCAAGGCGCACACCAGCGCAGGUGCUAGACUGAGACAGGCCCCCCUUGAUGUCCAUCUGCCUCCAGAAGCUUCGCCCUGCAGUUGUGCUCUCCUGCCUGCUGCUGGGGGAGGGCCCCGGCACAAAUGGGGGCUUUCUACCCAUUUGGCUCUAAGGAAGGCAUGUUGAGCCUGUUUAAAAAAAAAGAAGAAGAAGAAAUGAAAAUCCCUACCUUCCAUCUGUGCUUGGCCAGCAUCCUUGCUGGGGGUCUGAGGGUGUCAGCGACAGAAAAAUCAGUUAGGAAGACCUGUCUGGCCCUCUGCCUCUCACCUAGGCCUGCAGCCUGUCUCCAGAGUAAGCCCGUGACUCAGAAGGGGUGGGGUGGGCAGCACAUAGAACACAGCCGCUAAGGACCCGAGAAAGAUCGACCCCUGCAGGGGUGCUUCCCCGCCUCCCGUGACUCUCUGCCUCUCUGCUCUGUGCCCACUUGGGUGUUCCCCACCCCCACCCCAGCGGCGGCUUUGGUCCCCUUCCUGGCGAGUCUCCUGAACCCCUUCAGUCCAUCAGAGUGGCCGUUUUCACUGACCAGUCAGUUCUUUCCAUCCGCUGUUGCAUUGGUUUGGCUAGUACCUGACCCUUGCAGGAGAAACAAGCAGACCCAGGAGCCAGGCUUGCUUCUGGGACAAGUGACAAAGGAUCAAGAAAUUCCUAUGGGAAGGAUAGACCUUCUCAGUCUAGAGAGAAUUUGUUUUUCGGCUUUAGAGAGGACUGCAGGUAGGGCAUGAGGCCCAGGCUCACAGACAGAGCAACUUGGGGGUUACCCGAACCUGAGAGAAAUAGAAGUAAGCCUUAGUCACUUUGGGCUGUUCUGUAAAUGGGCCCAGUUGGUUUGCUCACUGGGGGCUUAAUGGCAUUAACGGGUGACUGGAAGUCACAGCAUUUUCUGUUGUGUCGGCAAAUGCCACAAUUCUUAUCUUCCCCACCCCUGCUCCAGCCGCCCACCCCCACCUUUUUAAUAAUUUGGACUUUCUGGUAGGCACGGUUUGUCCACUAUCGCUCAGACUGCAGACUCGUGUUGAGCGGCUCCACUGGAUAUUUACAAAGUGCCCAGACCUCAUUCCUGCAGGGGAGAGCGUCACCUGUCCCUGGGCUCCAGAGUCCAGACAGACUCUGACAGCCAGUAGCUUCGGGGAGGACAUUUCAUUUCCAGGCUCUAGAAAUCCCCUGUGGCAGAAUUCUUGGAUUGAGCUGAAGUGUCAGGACUUGGAAGUCACAUUGAACUCCCCUGGACUUGUGCUCCACGAACCAGUCCUCCUAACCUACAAGUGGGAAACUCAGUUGUAGGCAGCAUAUACCUAGACCUUUCCUGUCAUCCCUCACUGAUUUUAACUUCCCUAUGACCCCAGACUCCAGCCAGCGGUUUGGGGACUGGAGCUGCUCCUGAGCCCACUGUUGUCAGCGGCAGCAUCGGGGUGGAAUAGGGAGCAGGGAAUCUAGCAACCAGGUUUGCUUACGAUCACAUGGACCUGAAUCACUUUUGUUAUUUGGGGUGGAAAAUUGAAAUGAUCAAAUUCUUUUUUUUUUUUUCACUUAGAAAAGCAAAUAUUGUGCUUUUUGAAAUAAAUGCCUUCCCAGCAAAAUUAUGGAGGUUCACUCAUCCGGCAGGGACCCACCUGAGUCACAGUGCUGACUCGUCGCAUUAGUAGGUCAGCCAUCUGUACUCGAAAGUGGCCCUAAUUGGCCCAAAAUGGGUAAGAUUCGCCAGCUCCCAGGCAGGGCCAGGCCCAUCCCCCCACUUCUCUGCACACUGAUCUUUGCACACUGAUUUCCGUCCGAAGCAAAGCUGAUGUUCCAUAGUCUCACUGAGAAGGUGUUUUUUGUACUUUAAAAAACAACAAAAUGAUGACUUCUUAAAAAUGGUAAAAUCUGAAGUAGACAGCAGUGAGGAAAUUUUGCUUGGGUGACUGUCACAGUGUCUUCAUGCCAUGAAGGCUGCAGUUUGCUACGAGCCACAGGAAGGGAGGGGAGUCAAGCCUGGCCUUCACAAAAGGGACUGACCGACGGGAUCCUCAGCCUUACAAACGAGAUCAUGCAGAUCCGCAGACCAUGCAAAUCACGUCUUCCUGACCUUCCUCCCCGUGUGGCCGUCUGCGCUUCCCUUCCUGGUUCAUCUGUAUCAUCUGGAGGCUUGAGGGAUCCUUUACAACGUACUGUGACGUCACAUGUAACUGUGUGUCGCGUCUGUAGCUACUGGAAAGAAAUUCAACAUGAAACAACCACUGUUUUAGCUGCACUCAGUACCUGUGUAUGAUACACACACGAAGAGAAUGUUUUCUUAUGGUUUCAGGUCGACAACAUUUAGUUCAUGUAAAUAAGAAAAAGAAACUGAUAAAUAUGGGAAAUUAAGUUAUAGGAUGUCAUUUGAUUUUUGUUUUGCUCUCUCUUAUUUAAUUUGCCUAAUGCCCCACAUCUGGGUUUAUGCCUACUCGGGGUAGAGUCCACCUUUGCAGGCGCGUGCGUGCCACACCUGGAAAAGCACACAGCUCCGCUGAUGACCGCCGCUCGACUCUCCAGUUUACCCUCUUUUUCUCUUUAAUUCUGAUUUGCUGUGAUGAAUUUAAUAAGGUAGAAACACGGCACUUAAGGGCCGUAUGUUUCUUUUGUUUUCUUUAUAGUUUCUAGGAAAAUAAAGUUUAUCCUGGCAUCUCA